CUAGAGGUACUGGUGUCCAGUAUGCGACAUCUACGACAUCUCCAAGCAGGAGAAGUGAAGUUCUAGAGAAAACCAUGAUGGUCAGUCGUUAUCUGCUGAAUCGAGACCCAUCGAGAUCGCGUAAGGUUGAAACGUGGUGGGACGCGACGAGAUUUCCAGUAAAAUCGACUGUGAUUGGUGGACAUCCAGGGGUACUCGAGAUGGCAUCGAUACAGGAUUUAUCGAUAUCACAAAUCCAAGAAACUGAUGCAAUAGACAUGUAGUGGCAGUAGGAGAUUGUAGUGGUGAUUGGUGAUGAACUGGUGACCCUUGUGCGUCGAAGGAACGAAUGAAGUUUACGUUGGCCGUGUAUACAGAUACGUGUUGCCUUCUUCGAAUGGUGGCAAGAACGCACGCUUGUCGAUUUAUAAUGCCAACGCGUAGAAGAUUGGCACGUAUCGAGUGACAGUGAACACGGAACUCGUGUACAGUGAAUUCAAGUGACGAUCGUCGACCAUCUGUUCCAGUCAUGUUCAGAAUCAGGAUUGAAGAGCCAAGGAAGAAUGCAACGGGUUCGAGAAUCGCCGUUUCGAGUAAAGUAACAUGGAAGUAAUUUGUUUGCCGAAAUACCUUUCGAUCCGUAACAAAAGCAUUUUCGUUACCACGGUGGCGUUGACAAGGAACCGCGACGAACCAGCCACUGUUCGAAUCAUUGGAUGAUAAUCGAUCUACAACAAUGUAGAUCGAGACACGUUGACUCCAGAACAAAUAAACGGGAUAAACGGGUAGCGAGACAAUCGUCAUGCUUCAUUUACUGCAUCUUCGUAGUCGUCCUUUACAAACCCUUAUUCUAGGAUUGAUCGGCUUAACUUUUUACGCAUAUUAUCGUUCAACAUAUUACGAUAUCCCUCAGUAUGCGGUACCUCGAAAUAUUAGUCAUUCUGCAUAUCAAGAGAUUUCCAAACAUCGAUUAAACACGAGCAUAGAGGAACAUGUAGCAAUUUUGCAGAAGAAUGCCUCGUCCGAACCAUCGGCGGCCCUUCAUAUAGUACAAAAUCCUAACAAUAUUUCAAGUCCUGUGGUUACAACAUCUUCAACAUCGUCGAGCUCUCAGACUCAAUCCUUUGCAAGCGUAUCGAUAUCUAGUUCCAAGCAGAGCAGCGAAAAGCCUCCACAGAAAGUAGAAAAAACUUCAAACGAGACCAAAGACACGUCUGCUGCUUCCAACGAGUGUUCCGCGCGCGCUAUUUAUGAAGCGGGUCACGCCGUACCGAUACCGGAAAGAUGCCCAAAUUUUGGCAAGGAAAUGGAUUUGGUUAUAAUAGUAAUGUCCGCACCGACUCAUCUGGAGGCUAGGAUGGCUAUACGACAAACGUGGGGACACUUUGGUCAGAGAAGCGACAUCAGUAUCCUGUUCAUGUUGGGCGUAACAUUGGACCCAAAAGUGGAAACAAUUUUAAGAAGAGAACAGAAAACUUACAAUGACGUGAUACGCGGGCAAUUUUUAGAUUCCUAUUCGAAUUUGACCCUGAAAACGAUCUCUACCCUGGAAUGGGUAGACAGUUACUGUUCCAAGGUCAAAUUUCUUUUGAAGACCGACGACGACAUGUUCAUCAAUGUUCCGCGCUUGCAGGCGUUCGCGGCAAGACACGCGAAAGACAAGAACGUGAUAUUCGGUAGACUGGCCAAGAAGUGGAAACCGAUUAGAAAUAAAAAGAGCAAAUACUAUGUAUCACGGACGCAGUUCAAGCACGCCGUUUUCCCCGAUUUUACCACCGGUCCGGCUUACUUGCUGUCCAGCGACAUUGUGCGCAAGCUGUACGACGCCGCGUUGGAUCAAACGUACCUCAAGCUAGAAGACGUCUUUGUGACUGGAAUCGUCGCGGAUAAGCUAGGGAUUAAGAGGACGCAUGCGAAUGAAUUUUUGAAUAAAAAGAUAUCGUACAGUGCGUGUAACAUUCAACGAGGCAUCAGUAUACACAUGGUCAAGUACAGCGAACAAUUCGAUCUAUGGAAAAAAUUACUCGACGGCAAGAGUAAAUGUAAGUGAUAGAUAUCGAGUCAUGCACUCAAGAUUUCCAAACCGAUUGGCAAACCACGUGCCACUCCAAUCGCUUGAACGUACUCGCUGCUAGCUUCUUGCGUCGAUUCGAUGCCCGUUCAUACUUCUGUACUAGAUUCUGUGGCUCGUAUAACUUUGUUUCUCCGUUCGCCUAUGCAAACUGAACGGAUCGCGUUCAGACGAUUCUCUCGAUUUCGUUCUCCGAGAAAGAUCGGAAACCGAAAUCUGAUACGAUCGUCUUCGCGGCACGUGUUCGGUCAUACAACGUAACCGUAUUAAUCACGCCUCCUGUUAGCAAUAACUCACCGGAGUAAAUUAUUAUACUCGAAUGACACGUGUAAUGAAUCGUUCGCAAUUUAAUGCCUUAUCUCUCCGACACUCGUGACAUAUUUAUCUAAUAUAUGUAUAUUUAUCUAAUAUCAUACAUACAUACAACGUACCGGGAAUAUUUCCGUUUACUACAUUAUUAAGCGGUCAUUGCGAUGAAAGUGUACGCGUUCUUCGCGGAAAAAAUGCGUCAAUCGAGAAUAUAAGGCUGUUUCUUUCUUCUAAAUACGUAUCGUUCGCUGUCCGAAUAACGUGUAACGUAUAAGGAUUAAACGCAAUUGACGGAAUCGAUUCUCCGUUUUACAGUGCCAUACGCAUAAGAGAAAUGUUACGAUCAGUUCCUUUGUUGUUUUAUCAUAUUCGUCGUCGUGAUGUCGUUGUUCUUAAACAUUUCCGACAGCGGCUUCAAUCGCGUUGAAAACGUACGAUUGGAAGAAAUUCUUGUAAACGAUUGCGAAGGCAAUGAGAAUCGAGACAAUCGGGUCAAGGUGUUCGUUGCUCCUAUACGAAUGCAACGUUGAAACUUUGAUCGGUAACCUUGGCACGCUUUUCGAUACUCUCGAUGCUCAUUAAAUGAAAAUAAAAUUUUUAUUGUAAUGCAAAUUUUUUAACGGCACGUUUCAGUUUUAUUGCGUCGCGGACUCGACGAGAAGUAGAAGCGUGAUAACUUAGUGUUUUAUAAAAGAAAACAAACUGAACGACCGCAAGGCGUUUUCGAUAUCGCGAAGAAAUCAAACGAACGACAUGUUCGAUCCCGAUGUUACGGAUAGUAAAACGUACAUGCAAACGUGCGGUGUAUUGUUACGCGAUCCAAUCAAAUUCGAGUUUGUUGGGUCCGGGCGAAGCGACGAGUUUGUAAAAAUCGCGCAAAAACUUUCACGUAUUUCCCUUUGGACGGUACGAAAUCUGUUCGAUCGAUUUCAUGUCCUGAAUAGUGCCUAGUAAUAGACCAAGUUUUUAUGAGCAAGAUUUCACGUUUUUAGGCAUUAUCUAUAUCAGGAAGUACGCGAUUAAAAGUUCUCCGUAGAAAAGUCUAACAUUUUUAAUACUGUGGCGCGUGCGUCGGAAACAGAGAUUAUUUCCGAUAGUAUGAUUACCUCCUAUCUUCGUAAUUGUCCAGUCAAUUCUUAACCUCGUGUUGCAAGUUAGGCCUGAAUGUUUUAAGUAGACAACUAGCAAAUUGUUUGCUAUCGUGGCUUUAUAAAAAGCUGGACAGUCGCCAAUGUAGAUGGACAAACUGCGCCUAACAUUUUUAGUAGUAUUCUGAUGCAAUCUUUCUCAGGAGGAAAUUCUUUUGUCAUUCGGUUAGAAAAUCGCCUUCUUCUCUUCUAAGUGAUAUUGCUUUCUAUUCUCUGUAAGAUUAGAAUAUAUUAAGGUACUAUCUCUCGUGUUCUCCCAACUUCACGCGAACAGUAACGUGACUCAAGACCAUUUCAAUCCAUUCCUAUCGAUGAUUCCUGUGUAUAAUAGGUGGACUGCGGAUGUUCAUGCAAAAUGUAUAUUUUUCUAGAAAACACAGAAUAGUGAGACUCGGACAGGAAAUUUAUUUCGUCGUUAGAGCGGUUUAGAAAUGUAUUUUUCAAAACUGGAAAUCUGUACUGUUUAAUACACGAUACGCGUGCAUUAACAUAUCCGUAUUUGAUAAUUACUAAAAAAGUAUCUUGGCCUUUCUAGUUGCCAGUGCGCUAAGUAAAAUAUUACUGUGGAAAGUCCAGUAAUUCUACUUUUUCAGACACUAAUGUAGAUAAAUACGAAAUAGAGCAAACGAAUUUAUUUAUUUUUCAAAACAAUAUGACAAGGCUUGAAUAAUGUUCUAUGCUAUAAGUGUAUAUUAUAUAUAUUACUUGCAUAUUUAGCAUAUUUGUUGUACAUGCAUCAAUGUCAUGUGUUCUUUGCAUAUCUUAUAGUACAUGAACAUCCGCAGUCUGGCAAUAAGUAAAAUAGCUUAAUAUCACUUAUGGGUUAACCGAAUACCAAUAGCUUGAUAAAUGAGUCCGGUGAGCGUGUUUGUGCGCAAAGAUAUAAAUUGUUACUGUGUUGGGAGAAGACCGACAGGAACAAGUUUACUUCAAGCGAGCGUCGUCGAAAACUAGAUUCUUGAAUUGGUAAUGUUGGAAUUCGUGUAGAGGGUAACUACCUUAACUAAGUGGUAUAACUGUAAUGCUCGAUACCGAGAUCUUUUAAAGUCGCAUUCCAUGAAAACCACCGAUAUCAUCAAACGAAGACAAAUCUAAAAUUUAUAUUUUAUCUUUACCUAUAACAGUGUACCUCUCUGGGGCACGUUUCUCGUAAGACGAGCAUAAUGAUUAACGAAGCAUUACUGAUGCCCGAAGGGAUAAACUUGUAUUACAAAAAAAAAUAGCACAAAAUGUGCAUUUAGGUUGUGGUCACGUGUGGUGUUAUGUAUGUGGGUGUAAUGUACGAAGCACGAGUAUACGGCGCAACGAAAAAAUGAUUUGAAGAUUAUGCCUUCCGAAAUGACCGAUGUCGACUCGCAUCAACAAUCGUACGACAAACGAUCAUUAUUUGUUAUAAGUACAUUCCAAUGCUGUUGCUAGGCUAAUUACAGUUCUUGAUUGAUUGCAUUGAUCUUGAAUGAUUUGCAUUUUAUUUUUAUACGAUUCUAUUGCGCGAGUGUCGUCUUGUUAAUUAACACGAACGUGUAAUCGAUAUCCGACGUUCGACGAUUCCCUACGCUCAAUCAUCGUUUUGGGGAUCGAUUCCUCGAUGAAACAGUUGUUCCUGUUUUACCUUGAAUUUAUUGCGAAAAAUAGAUUUAUGUAUCGAUUCCGAAAUUCCUAUUUUACCGUAGGAAUCCGUACGAAAUGUUGUAGUUAGACGUGAGAACGUGAUAUCGUGUUACGAGACUAAAAUACGCCCAAUUUUCUAACGAAUGUGCGUAUACUGAUUUGCAUGAGAACAGUUACUUUCUACCUUCGAUUCGAAUCAUUCGCAUACGUAAGUAACGGGUUCCGUCUUACGUUGUCUCGAACGUAUUUGGCACCAAUUAACGAAUAGACAAAUUCACAAACGCGUGAUAUGUUUGAUUCGACGUAAAACUGAGAAGAAUCGUCUAGUAUUAUAAAUUGUAUAAAAUCUGCCUUAUUUUCCAGUACAUAUUUUCAAAUUGUACGAAAUGUAGCGUAAAUGAACAAGUUUUAUCAACUUAAUCGUUGGUGUACCCUUCGACUCAUUGCGAGGCAAAUCCUUCCAACUCCUGUACGAUUGCGUUAUCGCUUUAUGGAUAACUUUUUUUUUUUUCAUACUUUAAUACGUUUGUGUCGCCACGAACGUGACAUAAACUUGUGAAAUUUGACUUUGUUAGUGACAUACGAACAGAGGUAUAGUUGGCGGAUUAAAUAAAGCGAUCUCGUAAAAACGGUAGAUUGCCAAAACUCUAACAUCCUUGACUAUGUGCCAAGAAUUCAAAGCCAUUCUGGAUAAAAUCUGUUUUGGACGUUAGAAUUUUCAAGGACGUCCCAAGUCGUAUUAUCGGAUACAAUAACAUAAAAGUGAACCUGACACGAGUUUAAUAAACCUGUCGACGAUAAAUUGGUAGUCGGUUGGGAAAAUUUACGUAGCAACCUGUGGGGUAUUAUUUAGUAUCACUUGACAGAUCUUUAUGUUUCUUCCAUCGACUACACGAUCUCGUGAAACAUCUACGGUGUAUGGAAAUCAUUCUGUGCCAUUUUGCUUUUAAAUCAUUUUGCUUUGGUAACGUCAUCUAACGUCUCAACCAUGCAACGACUAGAAUUCGAGUUUCGAUUGGUAGGAUUCUUUUACCGACUUUUUCAAAGGCAGCAUGACACUUUUAAUACUUCCAUAAAUAAUUAAAACGUAUUCAUACACGUAAACUAGAAGCAUAUCUGUAUAUCCUCGAUUCAUAAAUAAUCGAGGUAUUUCGGUACGAAGUUACUGAAACUUAUCAAUGGAAUUGGCAAUAAUUACCUUCAAAGCGUUUGAUAACACAGCUCUCAUAAACAGAUUAAAUAUAAAUAUUGCUGAUCUAUUCUUACAUUAUAUCACAGCACAAUACUAUUCCCUUUGUAAGCUGCAAAAUAAAAUCGAGUAUAUUUUUUGCACGAGACAUUGAAACGUUUUAUAAGUCGUUAUUUUAAAUGUACAUUUAUGCAAGAACCCAAAUGUGAUAACGAAAUAUUGGAAUCGAAUAAUUUUAAUCAAUCAUGUUAAAGCAUAAAAAUUGGCUCGUUUUUUUUAUUCUUGUAUAAUAUUAAAAGCUUUAGACAUUCUUGGUUAUAAAGUUGUCGCAUCUUUGAAAAAGUGGAUUAUGAGAAAAAACUUUACUAAACUUGAACAGAUUGUUAAGGUAGGUAUAAUGUCCUAUUGGUCAUUAUUGUUUUGAUUUUACGAUCAAAAAUAUGUAUAUGUUGAAUAAACAAUAUUAUUUGGUUCUUGUUUAAAAAAUGGGUAAAUUUAUGAAGAAAAUUACGAAUUUCUGUAAUUUAUUAAAU